AUGAGGGCAGGACAUAAACUUCCUGCCUCCUCUGAGACUGGAGAUCCAAGCCGGACACUGCCUCCACGUAAUGUGGUCGAGUUCGCCGCGGAUGCCCGCCAAGUAGCGAGCUCCUCUCCGACGGCGAACGGCCAUGAAUAUGGAGAAAUUCGUCCACUGAGUCAAGCUCAGCAAUAUGCGAAACCCAUUGUCAAUCAUGGAGAUGUUAUCAUUGAAUACACAGACCUUGGGUCAUCCGUUUCAAGCUCAUCUCAAGCUGCUAAGCAUCGCUGGCAAGUUGCCAGUCAAGACUUGAUGCAAAACAGCCCGUACUUUCGUGCUCUACUCGACCCCAACAAGUUCUCUGAGGGCCGGCAGUUCAUGCAGCAAAGGGCUGUCCAUGGUCAAAGAUCGACGCAUGAGGUGAAAGAAGAAGAGCACGAUAUAGCAGAUAUCGCCAAUGGAGCUUGCUCACAGCAUAAUCUGCCGACAAUUAGCUUACCCAGUGAUAUUUUCCUAUCGAGGCUCGGGGCAGAUGCCAUUGAGUUGUUCUUGAGAAUUCUGUCUUACAGCUCCCUUGAAGAUGAUCAGGAAGAAUUUGACGCCGAGUUGAGGGUUCACCCGACCUCACUUGUUGCCAGAUUACUUGAAACAGGCGAUGCAUUGAAUUCUCCGCACGUUGUGAGAGAGGCUUUGCAAAGGUCAAAAUAUGCUUAUGGCAAGGGCAAGAUUCCCUUGUCAAAGUUUGAUACCCCGCUGCUGAAGAUGAACGAGGAUCGUAUUCGGCAAAGUAUAUUUAUUGCCAGAUUUCUGGAUGAUCCGCAUGUGUUCCAAGUUUUAACGCAUGCUCUGAUUGUUGUGGGGUCUAGGUAUUGGGUCAAUGGCAUGGAGAGUCAUGUUCCACGUACUUUUCCCUGGGCAUAUCUUCCCGAUGGUAUAGAAGGUAAAGAAAUAUAUCAUCCCUUUCGCUUCCUUCGUGGGAAUCGACUGGCAAGCCUGAAGAGCCGUACGCUAAUACCCAUAACAGAAGAACUAUACUACAGACGCCAAUGCGUUCUGAACACCAUCACAGACCUACAAGCCUUUUUCCUCCGCGCCUACGGUGCACUAGACGAACCAUAUGAACCCAAAUCAAGCAAUACAACCCCAUCAGCAGCACCAACUACAGUCCAACCACGUCAAUCUCAAUGCCGCUGCGGAUUCGGCAACUCCAACGCCUGCGACGCUUUCCAUCUAGGCCAGAUGAUUCGCUUCUUCGCACUACGCACAAAGACCAUCUUCAUAGGAUCAAGUCUGCUAGACCCAGACUUCACCCUCGAUCCCGAAAGCGAAGAUGACAAUGGCCAGGACACCCCCGAACGGCCCCAGCCUCUUUCCACCGCGGCCGUUCCGCCAUCCGACAUCACGGCGAUCAUAUCGUCCCUGAAACAGUGUCCCGAUUAUCAACUGGACGCAAAUCAUACCGGCUGCGGCGUCCGUCGCCGGUUCGUACCGCCUCUCGACUGCAUUGAACGCUUCGUGGGGGACGGUCGAGGCUUACUGGGCGUCGAUAUACGGUCCUGGGAUGAGAAGAAGUGGCCACUCGCGUCGGAAUCCUGGGCCAAUCGGGCUCGCCGUAGGGCAUCGGUUGUUGAUGUUCGCUUCUCGAAGAUUAAUGCUGUGCAUGCUGCGCCGUCGGGCCUGCUGCGGCCGAGAACCCAGGAAGAAAAUGCUCGGUUACUCUUUACCGCGACGAGAAGAAACUGGGAGGCUUGA